AGAGAAAUCCAUUAUCCAUUAAUCUUUAAUUAUUAAAGUUAAAAUUCAUAGAAUAUAAAUUUGCUGUGUUAGGGUUUCGUAAACUCCAAAGAAAUUCAGCCGUCCUAGUAUUGUGUAAAUAUAAAUUUUUCCUGCAAAUUCAAUCUGUUGUCUUAGGGUUUCGUAAAUUUAAAAUAAAAUUAAAUUCUGCCGUGGUAGGAUUGCGUAAAUAUAAUUUUUUCCUUGCAAAUUCUGCCCAUAUUUUCUUAUCGGCAUCUUAGACAGCAGAACACAAUUUGUGCAGAAACUUGAGAAAGGGAGAUCCGUCAGUCCUGUUUGUGAAGCAUAUUAUCAAGUUUCUCUACAGGAAAUCAUGGAUACAGGGGUUAAACUGGCUGUUGUGGUCAAGGUUAUUGGACGUACUGGAUCAAGGGGUCAAGUAACACAGGUUCGAGUUAAAUUUAUAGAUGAUCAGAAUCGCCUUAUUAUGCGAAAUGUGAAAGGUCCUGUCAGAGAAGGUGAUGUCCUUACUCUGCUGGAAUCUGAAAGAGAGGCAAGGAGGCUGCGGUGAUCAUGUUUUCACUUAAAAUUCUUGGAUUUGGAAUGUGGGUGGAAUAUUUUCCUGGAUUUUUGGAUGAGAAGAGAUCAAGGAGUAUAGCCUUUUAAUAUUUUACAAAUGCUUACACUUCUAUUGCAAAAUUCUUUUCUUUGAUAGCUGAUAGGCAAUGCUUAAUUUGGUUUAAUAAACGAGACUUAUUAUUGUCAACUACUUUUCUUGAUUUGAAUCUAAUCUAUAAUCAUACAGCUCA